CUUUGUUUCAGUGGUAGUUCCGAUGGGAAUAUUUAGCUGCUGAUGUUAGAGCAAAGGUCAAAGAAGCUGAAGGAAACUGUUUACUAAAAAUAUAUCCUGCAUUUGACCUCAGGUACUCAACAUGUGUUUGUAAACAAGCAUUGCACUUUUGUCCUGUUCGCACAGUCAUGCAUGGCCAUUUCUAACAGCAAAACUUUUAGACUUAAAUCAGUCAAUCACCCAAAUAUCAUGAAUGGAUCAGCAUUUUGGACAUGGAUGGGCUGAUUUCCUGUAAAGUUGAGUUUUACAUGUUUCUGCCAGUUUAAUGUCUGAGGGAUGGAUGCAGCUGAUGGCAUGGAUGAAGAUGAGUUUCUGGACCACGACGUUCAGCUGAUCAUUCAAGAGUCAUGCCAGAAAGAAUAUUCCAUUUCCACAUGUAGAAGUGAAGAUCUAGAGCUUGUACGAGCCAUUAAACAAGGGGACGUGCUGGCUCUGCAGGAGCUCUGUGAUUUUCCAGCAGCCUUCAAUCAGGCAGAUGAGAACGGGUGGUAUCCUCUGCACAGAGCGGCGGUCCAACCCCUCGUCCCCGUCCUGGAGACAGUGCUGCAUGCAUCUUUCAGCCUGACCCUGGAGGAAAAGACUCUGGAGGGGGAAACCUUUCUGACACUGGCAGUGAAAGCUGGUUUGGUGGAAAAUGUCAAGAUGUUGCUGGCACAUGGAGCUUCUCCUCACACCACCAACAGCAAAAAAGAAUCCCCUCUGCUCUUAGCAGUCAGAGCUGGAUCUCCUCAGAUAGUUUCCAGUUUGAUAACUGGGGGUGCUCAAGUGAAGCAGGUGUGUCUGAAAAAGUGGACGGCCAUGCAUGAAGCUUCCAGGGCCGGAUGUGUUCACGUUAUGGAGCUGAUGUUGCAGAAUGGAGGUCAAGUCACAGAGCCAGACCAGCAUGGAGUGACUCCUCUGGGCAUUGCUGCAGAGUACAGUCAUCCUGACGUCAUGGAGCUCCUCAUCAAACACGGUGCUGAUGUGAAUGCCCAGGCGCCCAAUGGCGACAGUGUCCUGUAUGAUGCUGCAGGUACAGGGAAUCCAGACUGUGUCAACAUCCUGCUGCAGCACGGAGCAAAUCCCAACAUCCGCAACCUGAGCUCCCAGCUGCCCAUCCAUCGAGCUGCGUAUGAAGGACAUUACCUAGCUUUAAGGAUUUUGAUCCCGAUCACCACUCGACGAGCGCUGCGGCUGUCCGGUCAAAGUCCCAUUCACUCAGCUGCAGAUGGAGGCCAUGCCCACUGCCUCGAACUUCUACUAGAAAAAGGGUUUGAUGUCAAUGCACUUUUAGCCCCUCACAUGUCUGAAAACUAUGGAGACAUGAGAAGAAGCCCUCUCUACUUUGCUGUCUGCAAUGGAGAUGCUACAUGUACUGAGAUACUGCUGAAGAUGGGGGCAAAACCAAAUCUGGACCCUUUAAAUUGUCUCCUAGUGGCAGUCAGGUCCAGCCGUUAUGAGAUUGUAAAACUGCUGCUGGCAGCGGAAGCUGAUGUGAACUGCUACUUCACGGUGGUGAACAACACAGUGUUUCCAACAGCGCUGCAGUACUGCCUGAAGGACGAGGUGAUGCUGAGGCUGCUGCUCAACAACGGCUACGAUGCAGAGAAGUGUUUCUGUUGUGAUCAUGGUGACAUCUGGGAUGACCUUUUUGAGUCUGGGCACUCACAAGAUCAAGAGACAAAAGUUACUUUUUGUGACUUUGUUGGUGUCUCCUGGCUGGUGAACCUGGUGGGCAGAAUUGUGUCAAUCCUCCUUGAAUAUGUUGGCCAAGUUUCUCUCUGCGGCAAACUGGCAAAGAUGCUGAAAAAACACAAAGAGUGGCCUGACAUCUGCAGAACCACCUGUAACCCGCGCUCUCUGUCUCAUCUGAGCAGAGUCGUGAUCAGGAAGCAUCUGCACUGCAGCAGCCUGAAGUCCAUCCAGCUGCCCAACAGACUGAAGGACUACCUGCUGUUCAAGGAGAAUGACCUGUACAGCAAAAUAAUUUGUAGAGAGGAAUGAGGAUGGAAGUCUUGAUCCUAAAAACUCUUAAAUAUCUAAGAUUGAUCUAAGAUCUAAGAUCACUGUGUUGUAUACUAUAUCAGCGCUUAUAUUAAAAAAUUGACUAACAAAUGACCUAUUUAACCAAGUUAGAAGUAAGAUUUUUACUUAGUGAAUUUGAAUUGUAACUCAUUCAUAAAGUUACUUAGGAAUAAUUUUUUCAAAUCUAUUUUUGAUCACUGAUUAAAACACAUGUAUAGUUAAAGAACAUUCAAAUAGAUGCAAGACUUUACCUUCUAUCAAUAAACUUUCUGGUCAGCAUUACAUGUGUGUUACCUGCUGGUAGCGAUCAGGUAAAGUAAGUGUGGGUUCAUUUAGUUUGACCGUUGCUCACACACUAACUAUCAAAACAAAACAGACAACUUAUUCGGUUUUAUUUACAGCUUGUAGUGCGGAAAUGCAACCCUUGAUUGUAGGAACAGACCCUCCUUUCAGCUAAAGCCUGGUCGUAAAUCCCUCGUUGUACUGGCUCUUUUUCACCCAGCAGUCUUUGGUGACGAUACACAAAUACAAACGUUGGUGCAACUCUGUGGCUGGCUCCCAAAAGCCAGCUCCAUCCGUUGCUGUCUGACUGUUGUUUCCUUCAGGUAUUUGAACAAAUGUAACUUUCCCUCACAGCUGAAGAAGCGUUUCCUGUGUGACAUGUUGACACUGAAAACCACAGCAGUGUCUUCCGCCUUACACUGAGCAGUGAAGCCUUUCUUCUUGUGAAAUGUGCACAACCUGGAAAAGAUGACCAACCACUGAGUUCAUGAGAAGCAGAAACCUGUGCAGCAGAUUACCCGUUCUCAUUUGUGACAACAAAAACAGAUCAAUAUUAAAAGAAUGCUGGUUUAAAGCUUCAAUAUUGAAACAAUUCAGUUAAAAGGACCCUGACCUACCAAUCUGGCCUACAUUAUGAUCCCAAAAAUUGGAAUAAAAAUUAUAACCAAAUAGGGCUUAUAAACAUUAGAAUGUAAACUGUAAUAAUUUAUCCUACAUUCGAAAGGUUUCACAUCAUUGAAAUUGAAAAACUUUGUCUUUAUAUUUAUGAUAAUGCUGUCACUAAGAAGCUUUUUACCAGCUCAGAAACAUCAACA